AUGUCUUCAAAUUUGCUUUGGGAUUCUCCAAGAUCGCAUAGAUCAGCAAAAGGUAACAACUUCAAACUAGCUCCACCGUAUGCUGCAUUUUUGGAGUAUGCUGAAGAAUUGGCUGAAAAUCUGGAACAGCCAGCAGUUUGUAGAGCAUAUGCGAGUUAUUUUGAUAGACAGGACAAUUAUCAGAAAUGGCCGCCAGAAAGGGAGGAGAAAUUGGAAUUGAGGUGAGCGAGGGGGGUUCUGGGGAGAGAGUGCAAAGAUGCUAGAGGGCUAGAGAUGCAGAGGAAUCUACACUCGCUCCGCUCGAGCCGCUAGCGCGGGAGAUUCCGGGGCGCUUCGCGCAAGCUAGCUAGAGAUAACAGAACUUGAGAGACACAGAGAAACUAGAGAGCUAGAGAGCAUAGGUUUUAUAGAGAGUGCAGAGAAACUAGAGGGCCAGAGAACACUGUAGAGUCAAAGGCGUAAAGGAAUCAGAGAGCUAGAGGGCUAGAGACGCAGAGAGAUUGGAGUACUGUUAGAGAGUGCACAGACGGCUACAGAACACAGUAAAAUCAGAGACGUAGAGGAACCAGAGAGCCAGAGACCAUAAGAUUUUCGGAGAGUGCGCAGACGGCUAGAGAGCAUAGUUUCGUUAGAGAGUCCAGAGAAGCUAGAGAGCUAGAGAACACAGUAGAAUCAGAGACGUGGAGUAACCAGAGAGCUAAAGAGCGUAGUCUUCUCCGAGAGUGCAGAGAAGCUAGAGCGAGCUAGAGACGCAGAGGGAUCUACACUCGCUCCGCUCGAACCGCUAGCUCGGAAGAUUCCGGGGCGCUUUGCGCAAGAUAGCUAGAGAGCAUAGGAAAUGAAGAUAGUGCAGAGAAACUAGAGAGCUAGAGACGUAGAGGGAUCUACAUUUGCUGGAAAGGGUGCAGAGUACUAGAGAGCUAGAGAAUGUUCUUUUUUUUUAUAGAGAGUGCAGGUUUUAUAGAGAGUGCAGAGAUGCUAGAGGGCUAGAGAACAUUGUAGAAUCAGAGACGUAAAGGAACCAGAGAUCUAAAGAGCGUAGGCUUCUUAGAGAGUGCAGAAAGGCUAGAUGGUUAGAGAUGCAGAGGGAUCUACACUCGUUCCGCUCGAGCCGCUAACGCGGAAAAUUCCGGGGCGCUUCGCGCAAGCUAGAUAGAGUUUUACUGAAGUCUAGAACUAUUUUCAGAUCAUCCAAGAGACAUCUACACGUUUAUUCUCAUCUACAAAAUCGGGAAAUCGGUCAAAACAUCCAUGGCCGUCGAAGUUUAUCAAGCACAAUUCUGAAUUCCGAAUGUCGAGAAUAUCGAUAUGAUCAGACACUUGGAACAGAUGGUUUCGGAGAAAGUGUGGUAUGGAAAAAUCGAAAAAUAUAUUUCAACCAAACCGGAACACUGGUGCCUUAUGAUUCAAUGAGCAAACCGUGUCAGUUUCAGCAUUUUGCUCCAGGUCAAAGUAAAGCAGUUUUGUUCGUCGAACCGAAUCACAGAGAAUUUGAGGCGAUUCCGGACUGUGAAAAAUAUGUGGUUUCAUUAAAAGAUGAUUGCAUCGAAGCGCAUAGUUUAGAUAAACUUGGAAAAUUAAGAAAAAGAUAUCGAUUUCCGAAAAUUGAUGGAUUGAAGAUUAGUGAAAUUGGUUGGAGGAUCAAAAAUGAAUCGAUUUAUGUGAAAGGGCAAUGUGUCAAUCGAAAAAACUGGGUAAGAAAUAUUUUUUUAAGCGGUGGAAUUUGAAGCUUUAUUUUUCAGCAACCACAAUAUCACGUCUUCUUCAUCUUCGACGCAUUUCCAUUCAAAUUUCGAACAAGUUUUAGAAUCGAUAGCAAUGUAAGUGAUUCAGUAAUAGAAAAACGUUUUUUAACGUUUAAAAAAUUCAUUUUUUAACCAUUUUCUUAACACAUUCUCAGGUGAAGCUUAAAGUUUCAAGAUUUUCUAAUCAGCCUAAAAGACAAAUCAAGUCUUUUAAGCUUAUUGAAAUGGAAUUCCUGUGCGUUUUAGCUUCACUUUAUUCAGUUUGUUAAGAAAAUGGUAAUUUUUUGGUUUUUUUAACGUUAAAAAAUUUUUUUUAAAAUAUUUCGUGUUAAAAAAACCAAAAAACCUAUAAUUUCAGGCGACACCAGAAAAAUACGGACAUUUUUAUUCAAUUGUCAUUGUGAACGAUGUUAUCGAAGUCAAACGCUACAGGAAGACCCUGUUUUAUUCGUUCGCAGAUUUGGUGAAGAAAUACGAAGACAACUUGAAAGCAUCAUAUUUUCAUCGAGACAUUCCGAUACUGUUUAGAGUGUCGGAAUUGGGAGAGCCGUUGGGAUAUUCAUACGCUUCUGUUAAGCAUGAAUGUGAUUUGGUGGGUUUGAGGGGAAAAAACCGCGCGGGCUUUUGUCCUCUAAUCUUACGCCCCCUUAACGUUCCGAAGGCUAUUUUAACGUUCCCAGGACUAUUUUAACGUUCCCACGGCUAUUUUAACGUUCCUGGGGCUAUUUUAACGCUUCUGGGUCUAUUUUAACGUUCCUAGGGUCAUUUUGACGUUAUCAGGGUUAUUUUUACGUUCUCAGGGCUAUUUUUAAGCCUCCUUAGGCUCAUUUAACGUUCCCAGGGCAAUUUUAACGUUCCCAGGGCUAUUUUCAAGACUCCCGGUGCUAUUUUAAAGUUAUCAGUGUUAUUUUAACGCUCCUGGGGCUAUUUUAACGUUCUCUGGGUUAUUUUAACGUUCCCAAAGCUAUUUUAACGUUCCUAGGGCUAUUUUCAAGACUCCCGGUGCUAUUUUAAAGUUAUCAGUGUUAUUUUAACACUCCUGGGGCUAUUUUAACGCUCCCAGGGCUAUUUUCAAGACUCCCAGGGCUAUCUCAACAUUCCUAGGGUCAUUUUAACGUUCCCAGAGCUAUUUUAACGUUCCCAGGGCUAUUUUAACAUCAAAAAUGUAUUACAGGAUGAAAAUAACCUGGAAUGCACAUGCAAUGAUUAUGAAUCAAUCCCAUCCGAUCAUACCAUCAAGAUCAACAAUCUCAAAAAUCUCGACAUUUCAUUGGAAAAGGCUCCGGCGAUUUUUCAAUUUGGCGAUAGCGGCACGUUUUUUGGAGACGAACCCAUGUUUCUCGAUCCGUUCACAUCGACGUUCCUAGUCAUUGAGCAGACGGAUUUCGUGAAGUACCAAGUGAAAAACGGGCUGAAAACCGUUGAAAAAGUUUGGAGAACUAAACUAUUUCGAAAUAUGAUGGAUAUUUGUGGUAGAUAUCCGUUAUUGGACAAAUCUAUGGUAAUUUUUUUUAAAUUUUUCUUAAAACUUCUUUAAUUUUCAGAAAAUCUACGAUACCCAAUUCGACGGCGAAAAUCUGAUCAUCAAAUUAUCGCUAGAUUAUUCGCGGCUGAAACCCGAUGGCUCUUCGGAUUGCUCAGAUUAUAGGGUCAAAAUAUAUUUGUUGUAUAUUAUGGACUAUACAACCGGUGAGAUUCUGAGAAUUGUUCCGAUUCAUAGAAGACCCAAGCAGGAUAUUGAUGAUAAUGAUGAGGAUGCUAAAAAACACAAUUUAUACACGGCCUCUUAUCGAAAUGAUCAAUUUUUGUUUGAAGAGGAUUUAUUGAUCUUUCAAAAGUAUCGGGCAUUUUAUAAUACUCGGAUGGAUUCUAGGUGAGAGUAAGAGUUUAAAAAAAAAUUCAAAAAAAAAUUUCAGGUUGCUGGAAGUUUGGGAACUCAUUGAACCUCAACAAUAUAUACAGGAUGGCAAAAGAGAAAAAAAACCAUUAUUUUGGAAUCGAAACAUGGUUAAGUGUACAAUGUCGAGGAAUUGUGUAGAAUUUGACGAUAAUACUGAUGUAUUUGACCGUGGUCUUGACACAGAAAUUGAUGUAAUUUUUCGUAGGAUGGAUAAUUUAGUACUUGGAUUAGAGCGUUACACUGCAAAUUUAUUAGGUGAAUUUAUUGUCUGAUAAAUUUUGGGUUUUUGUUGCACAUCUUUGGUGGGAAGAUUCGAAUUUCUCAUGAUUUUUCGGUUCCAAAAAGGCAUUUUUUCCUACUACUUGAGUGUAUAUAACUCGUUGUAUGAUAAAAAAUCAAUCAAUAAAUCAAAAGUCCCUAAUUUCUUGAAAAUUGUGCUUCUAUGUAAUUAACAUGCCCAGCCUGUCUGGCUAAUUUAAUUCACUCCCGAGAAUUUUCAAAGAGACAGGUUUGGUCUGAUUCGGGGUGAAGAUAAUACAUUGUGGAAAUUUUUUUAAAGUGCAUUAGAAAAUCAUGCCGCAAAAUUGCGAAAAAAAGUGGGUGGAGCCUAAGGCCUUUCAUAAGAUUUUUAGAGCAGUAAAUUGGUUUUGAACGUGUCUAAGGCUUCUUAACGAAUGACCUUAAAAGGUUUUUAACGUUCUCAGAGAGUUUUUUAACGUUCCCCAGGGCUUCUGAAUAACCUUAAAGGUUUUUAAAGUUCUCAGAGAGUUUCUUAACGUUUACAAGGCUAUUCAAACGCUUCUAGGGCUAUUUUAACGUCUCCAUGGAGAUUUUUAACGUUCCUAAGGCUAUUCUAAUGUCCCCAGGGAGGUUUUAACGUUCCCAGGACUAUUUUAACGUCUCUAGGAAGAUUUGUUUUCCCAGGGCUUCUGAAUGUUCCCAGGGCUUCUGAAUGACCUUAAAAAGGUUUUAACGUUCCCAGAGCUUCUAAAUGACCUUAAAAGGGUUUUAACGUCUCCAGAAAGUUUUUUAACGUUCCUAAGACUUCUAAAAAAUCACAAAAAGUCCAAGAAUUCAAAAUUAAUGUGUGUAGCGUGGUGGAUAAUUGAAUUAAAUUAAUUUUCAAAAGUGAAAUGUCCCAGUUUCUUAAGAUCUUUUGAUUUUUUAAGUCAACUCCUAAAUAAGUAAUUUUUGAAAAUUAAAAAAAUUUCCCAUCAAAAGUUAGGCCAAGUUCCCUUAAAUCAAUGAAAAAAACUUGCUAAUUUAUUUUUUCGCGAAACGAACGUUCUUUUGUUCACAAUUGUUUGAGAUCUUCCCCCAAAAAGAUCUAUAUCUCCAAAAAAUUCCACCUAUAAAUUGCAAUUUCCAAAACUGGCCAGGUUUUUUUCCUUGCCAUGAAAAAAUAUCCGCAUCUUAUGAAGCUUCUAGGCCUCUUAGCCCUGAUUUUCUUCCUGGUAAUAUUUCUGAGCUUCAUCUCUGCGCAAACUUCUGAAAACUUUGUGUACCCAAUUAAUUCUACACUGUAUUUCGCGGAGCUGGAUCGCAACAACUUGGAAGAUCUCAAAAUCCACGUCAUAAAUCACUCCAUUGACACGUGUAAAAUCACGGGGAAAAACAACGUGACUACUGUAGACUUGCCGGAUGAGAGAGUGUAUGAGAAAUGGAGAGCGCAGAGAAUUAACUACGGUAUAGUUACGAUUUCUGAGGGGGAGAUGAGAUUGGUGUCGGCUUUUGUGUAUGAGGAUCAUGUGGCGGUGGUGAUUAGUAUGUUUGGAAGAGAGAAUAUGACGUGAGUUGGGGAUUUUCAGCGUUUUCAGCGGAAAAUUUGAGCCUAGAAAGGUCUUCGAAAGGUACUGUACAAAAUUGUGUAAAAAAAUAUUUUUCUAGACUCAAAUUUUGUGCUGGAGAUGCUGGAAGAAUUGAAUUUCAGCGAUUUUCAGUAUUUCCAGCAUUUUCAGCACAAAAUUUGAGCCUAGAAACAGUUUUGAAUGAAAAAGAUGACCCCCCUGGCCAAAUGGGCGGAGGGGGUUCACUUUUCCAAAAAAUACAUUUCUAGACCAGAAUUUUGCGCUGAAAACGCUGGAAUUAGUGAUUUUCAGCGAUUUUCAGUAUUUCCAGCAUUUUCAACACGAAAUUUGAGCCUAAAAACAGUUUAGAAUGAAAAAGGUGACCCCUACCGAAUGGGGGAAAGUGGUUUACUUUUUCAAAAAAAAAAUAAACAUUUAUAAACCAGAAUUUAGUGCUGAAAACGCUGGAAUUAUUGAUUUUCAGCGAUUUUCAGUAUUUCCAGCAUUUUCAGCACGACAUUUUAGCCUAGAAACAUUUUGAAUGAAAAAGAUGACCCCCUUGACCAAAUAGGAGGAGGGGGUUCACAUUUCCAAAAAAUAUUUUUCUAGACUGAAAUUUUGUGCUGAAAAUGCUGGAAUUAUUGAUUUUUAGCAAUUUUCAGUAUUUCCAGCAUUUUCAGCACAAAAUUUAAGCUUAGAAACAUUUUUGAAUGAAAAAGGUGACCCCCCCCCCUGGCCAAAUGGGGGAGGGGGUUCACUUUUCCAAAAAAAAAAAUACAUUUCUAGACCAGAAUUUUGUGCUGGAAACGCUGGAACUAUUGUUUUUUUUCUAAUUUUCAGUAUUUUCAGCAUUUUCAGCACAAAAUUUGAGCCUAGAAACAGUUUUGAAUGAAAAAGGUGACCCCCCCCCCCUGACCAAAUGGGGGGAGGGGGUUCACUUUUUCAAAAAAAUACACUUCUAGACUAGAAUUUUAAGCUGAAAACGCUGGAAAUAUUGAUUUUCAGCGAUUUUCAGUAUUUCCAGCAUUUUCAGCACAAAAUUUUAGCCUAGAAACAUUUUUGAAUAAAAAAGGCGACACCCCUGACCGAGGGGGUUAACUUUUCCAAAAAAAUGCAUUAGAUCAAAAUUUCGUGCUGGAAACGCUGGAAAUUUUGGUUUUCAGCGAUUUUCAGCGUUUUCAGCAUUUUCAGCACAAAAUUCUGAUCUAGAAACAUUUUUGAAUGAAAAAGGUGACCCCCUUGACCUAAAAGGGGGGGGGGGUUCACUUUUCCAAAAAAAUACAUUUCUAGACCAAAUUUUUGUGCUGGAAACGCUGAAAAUCUAGAUUUUCAGCGAUUUCAGCACAAAAUUCAAGCCCAGAAACAUUAUUUAAAAUUUCCAGCCGCCCUGUCAAAUGCCACUACUUCGACUGCAAUCGCAAACACAUCGGCACCUACGAUUCCCGUAUUUUCCCAGUUUCUUCAGUGCGUUGCGGUCGCAAAUUUGGCGCUGAAUUUAUCUCAAUUACCGUAGCUCAUGAGGAGAGUUCGAUUCGAGACCCGAUUCCUUUAAUCGAUCGAACUUCCUUGGAACCUCCACAUUUGCUAGGAGUCUGUGCUGGACAAGUUUAUGGGAAGGAGACGAGAUUUGUAGAUAUUGUAGAGACUGUGGAGCAUCAUCGGAUGAUUGUAAGUGGGCUUAGGCCUGGGCCUAGACCAAGGCCUAGAUUAGUCCUAGGCCUAAAACAUGUAUUUCAGGGUGCUUCAAUGUUCUACCUCACUGUAUUUGAAUCAGAUGACGCUACAAAUCGUGUAAUUUUGGAUUAUGAGAAGCUUGGGCUCAUGGAACCCACGUGGGUCAGCUUGGAGUUCCAGCAAGUCACCUAUCAGUUUCACUACAUUCAAGUUGCGGUGAGUUUCCGGAAGCUUGCGCGAAGCGCCCCGGAAUCUUCCGCGCAAGCGGCUCGAGCGGAGCGAGUGUAGAUCCCUCUGCGUCUCUAGUUCUUUAGCUGCUUUGCACUCUCUUCAUUUCCUAUGCUCUUUAGCUGCCUAGCUUCUCUGCGUAUCUGAUUCUACAGUAUUUUCUAGCCGUCUAGCUUCUCUAACAUUAGUGGACUCCCUCUGCGUCUCUAACCGGCUAGCUGUCUUGCGCAGAGCGCCCCGGAAUCUUCCGCGCAAGCGGCUCGAGCGGAGCGAGUGUAUUUUCCUCUGCGUCUCUAGCCGUCUAGCUUCUCUGCAAUCUCUAUAAAACCUAUGUUCUCUGGAUGUCUUGCUCGAAGCCCCUCGAGCGGAGCGAGUGUAGAUCCCUCUGCGUCUCUAGCCCUCUCACUCCACUGCACUCUCUAUAACACCCUGAAUGAAAUUCCAGGAUUGCUACUAUCGCAGUCGAAUGCAUUCAAAAUGGGUCAUAAAUCUGGACAUCGACGAGCGAUUCCUUAUGAAAAGCCCCACAAAUCUCCCCAGAUUCCUCGAAACCCUCCAGAAAUCCCCCGAAGUCACCAGCCUAUCCUUCCAAGUCUCCCGAAUUCAAGUCGAGGAUUCCGGAAUCUUCACAGCGGCUGAGAAAGAUUCCCGAUUUUUUGAGAAAUAUCGAGUGAUGUCAAGGGCGAUUUGGGAGAACUUCAAGACCAUCAAUCAACCACAGUACUCUCAUAUCCCAUUUUAUCAUUGGGCAUGGCGGAUUAGCCCGGGGAAAGUGGCGAUGCAGUUUAAUAGCACUAUAGGGUACUUUAGGUAAGUCUAGGGCCUUAUUUAGGCUCAAAUUUCGACGGAAAACCCCUAAAUUCCUUGCAGACACUACCGUCUAACCUCUUCCAAACAUAUCGGUUCAAAUUGGUUGACCAUGUACGCUCCAUUCGCAAAAAAUUCGUUGGACCCGGGAUUCGCGAAAAAUUUAAAAUCCCGAAUUUCCCGCAAGUUAUCCUAUCUCUUCGAUAAAACCUAUAUCAAAUGCAAUGCAAUUAUGGAAUCUGCUUAUAAAAAAUCUGAUUUUAUCGGGCAAGGUUAUAAAUGUAUUUGAUCCAGUUAGUCAAAAAUUGGCUCAAGCUUUAAAAAUUGUAAAAUUCCGGUUAGUAAAAAAUCAAUAAAUUCUUUUCUUUUCUUUUAAAUACACUGUUCCACGUUGAUUUUUUCGGCUAAUUAGUGCUGAUGUUACAAAUUAAUUAGAUUUGUAUCUUUUUUUGUAUAUAUAAAAUGCUGUGCACUAUUUUCCCCUAGAAAAAAAUGAAAGCUUUCUUUAAAGUGUAUUUAAUAUUCUUGCUAAUUAUUAUAAUAUUCCUAAUUAAUUAUCUAAUUAAGGAUUCUUCCAGCAGAGGUACAUAAAUUAGGGCUAAUUCCUCCCUUUCAGAUUUCUUUCAGUCGUCUACACCACAAUACAUCAAGAAUACUUCAAAGAACUCAUGAAUCGCAACAAUUUGGAAGAUCUGACAAGAAUCCACGUCAUAGGUCACACCAUCGACACGUGUAAAAUCAACGGAAAAAAUAAUUUGACUACCAGAAAUCUAUCGGAUGAGAGAUUGUAUGAAAAAUGGAGAGCGCAGAAUGUGAUAGACCGUAUUUUGACGUUGAAUGAGGGUGAGAUGAGAUUGGUGUCUGCUUUUGUGUAUGGGGAUCAUGUGGCGGUGGUGAUAAGUAUGUUUGGUGUGAGGAAUAUUAGGUGAGUUGGGCAUUACCGUAGUCCUGGGCUUAGUUAGGCUCAAAAAAUAGCACUUUGUGAUUAGGAGCUUGUUUUGGGCCGAAAAUCGUGGAAAAUAAACCUAAUUUAACUGCCAAAUCAUUUGAAAAUCCAAUUUUCAAUCAUUUAACGUUAAAAAAUUCUCUUGAACAGGUUAAUUCAGCUCCAGAACACUUAAAAACCUCUCUUAACAUCUGAAAAUUAAAUUUUAAUUUAUUUAACGUCAAAAAAUCCACUUACACAAUUAUGUUAAGCUCCAGAACACCUAAAAACCUCUCUUAACCUUUGAAAAUCUAGUUUUCAAUCAUUUAACGUUUAAAAAUCCACUUAAGUAGGUUAAUUCAGCUCCAGAACACUUAAAAACUUCUCUAAAUCUUGUCUUUACCUUAUUAGCUUCCUAAAUUCCACGUACACAGUUAUGAUAAGCUCCAGAAUACCCUUUGAUUUUGCAAAAAAAUAAAAUUCGCUGUCUGUUGGGCGUACUGUACAUCUAGUUGUGUGCAGUGCAUUUUAUUUGACGCGCAUUUAUUUUUAUUUUUUCGUUUUCCCUGCAAAAUUUAUCGGGUUUUCGAGGUUUUCACGGUGUGUUUUAGAAAUCACAGGGUAAAAACACUUGCCCAAUGAAUCUAUGUUUUCCAGCCGCCCUGUCAAAUGUCACUACUUCGAUUGCAAUCGCAAACACAUCGGCACCUUCGAUUCCCGAAUUUUCCCAAUUUCUUCAAUCCGAUGUGUACGAAAAUUUGGCGCUGAAUUUAUCUCAAUUACCGUAGCCCAUGAGGAGAGUUCCAUUCGAGACCCGAUUCCUUUAAUCGAUCGAACUUCCUUGGAACCUCCACAUUUGCUAGGAGUCUGUGCUGGUCAAGUUUAUGGGAAGGAAACGAGAUUUGUGGAUAUUAUAGAGACUGUGGAGCAUCAUAGGAUGAUUGUGAGUGGGCUGGGCCUGAGCCUAGGCCUAAUCUAGACCUGUCUAUGGCUUAAUCAAAGAUUACCUUUUCUCAAAAAAGCGAGAGAACAUCAAAAUUCUCUACACUUUUUCAUAUCUUCAGAACAAAUCUGAUCGAAAAUCAGAUUGUGGACACAAACUUGAUCAAGUUCAAGUUUUCCCGCAAGAAAUUCUGGUUUUCUACAGGGUGCCUCAAUGUUCUACCUCACAGUUUUCGAGUCAGAUGACGCUACAAACCGGGUGAUUCUGGAUUAUGAGAGGCUUGGGCUUAUGGAGCCCACCUGGGUCAGCUUGGAGUUCCAGCAAGUCACCUAUCAGUUUCACUACAUUCAAGUUGCGGUGAGUUUCCGGAAUCUUCCGCGUAAGCGGUUCGAGCGGAGCGAGUGUAGAUCCCUCUGCGUCUCUAAUCGUCUAGUUUCUCUGCGCUCUCUAUAAAACCUAUGCUCUCUAGCUCUCUGUGCACUGAACUCUCUCCAACGAGUGUAGAUCCCUCUGCGUCUCUAGCCCUCUAACUUCUCUGCACUCUAACCUAAAUUUAAUUCCAGGAUUGCUACUAUCGCAGUCGAAUGCAUUCAAAAUGGGUCGUAAAUUUGGACAUCGAUGAGCGAUUCCUUAUGAAAAGCCCAACUGUACUACCCAGAUUCCUGCACAAUCUUUCGCCGAAAAUUGUUGGAUUGUCAUUUCAAGUGGCUCGAAUAAAAGUGGAAGAUUCCGGAAUUCUGCGGAGAAGUGAGAUGUUUUUUGAGAAAUAUCGGAAGAUGUCGAGACCGAUUUGGGAGAAUUUCAAAGGCAUUCAUCAACAUCAAUAUACUCAUAUACCUUUUUAUCAUUUUCCAUGGCGGAAUACGCCUAGGAAAAUGAUAAUGCAUCUUAAUAGCACUAUAGGGUACUUUAGGUGAGUCUAGGGCCUUAUUUAGGCUCAAAUUUUGACGGCAAAACCCCUAAAUUCCUUGCAGACACUACCGUCUAACCUCUUCCAAACAUAUCGGUUCAAAUUGGUUGACCAUGUACGCUCCAUUCGCAAAAAACUCAUUGGACCCGGGAUUCGCGAAAAAUUUAAAAUCCCGAAUUUCCCGCAAGUUAUCCUAUCUCUUCGAUAAAACCUACAUCAAAUGCAAUGCAAUUAUGGAAUCUGCUUAUAAAAAAUCUGAUUUUAUCGGGCAAGGUUAUAAAUGUAUUUGA